AUGGCGUCUCAAAAGACAGUUGCGGAGGUGCCCCGUUCCAUCCUUCCCCGUCUUACAUGGAACGGCUCUUCUGCUCGGACGACUAUUGCACCUCCGACCACUCUUCCAGCAGCGCGCCAACAGAAGCAGCAAUUGACACGCUUUUGGAACCAGGCUGGACGGCAGUUACACAGUCUAGCUAGCCUCUCUUCUUCCUCCCUAAGUCAUUCCGCCACACCCCGAGACACUGGUGCUUCGUCGGCGAUCGCAAAGCGGUUCGCCUUGGCCCGCCACACCACCAGCCCUCCCGAUGUACAAGGCCUCGGCCAUCCUAUCCGCUAUGACGGUGUCUAUGUCGCCGCCUUCAAGCCUGCUCGACGUGCUUUCCAUGCUUCCACAGUCCGCCAACGAGAUCACCAUUUCGAUACUCUGAAGUUCGUACAGCGGUUAAAGGAUGAAGGGUUCAGUGAGGAGCAGGCCGUCGCCAUGAUGAGAGUUUUGAAUGAUAUCAUCGAAGAGUCGAUCCAAAAUCUUACCCGUACAAUGGUUCUAAGAGAAGACACCGAACGAUCAGCAUAUACACAAAAAGUCGACUUCGCCAAGCUCCGCUCCGAAUUGCUAAAUGCAGACUCGACCGAAGCGCAACUGACGCGCUCAUCGCACGAGAAGAUUGCUGCAGACCUUGCCAAACUCAACUCGCGCCUCCGCGACGAGAUUGGACGCACACAGGCGUCCGUGCGCCUGGAUUUGAACCUCGAGAAAGGCAGGAUUCGUGAAGAAGCGAAUGGACAGGAAAUGCGUAUCAAGGAGACAGAAACACGGAUCGAGCAGGAAGUUGCCGGCUUAAGGGAGCGUGUGGAAGCAGUUAAGUUUUCCACUCUACAAUGGCUCAUGGGUGUCUGCACCGGUACCGCUGCACUCAUUCUGGGUGCCUGGCGUCUUUUCAUGUGA